AUGCAGCUCAGGCAAGAGUCGCAUUCUUCCAAGAUGAAGUCGGGAGCGCCCGUGACCAUGUAUGUGGGUCGGGCAAAGGCCCAUUUGUAUAGGAACUUGGUCGCGACUGGUUUCGAGAUGAAGCCGGAUGAGUUGGCAUGGAUUGUGCUUGCGGGAUUGCCCAAGAGGUUCAGUACCCUGAAAACAAUUCGAGAGGCUUUGGAGAGCGCCUUUAGCUCGGUGGAUGCAAUUUUGCCGAAGCUCUUGGUGCAUGAGCAUGGGUUUGAGGAGUUGCCCAAAGAAAAGGGCGGGAGUGGGUCGGACUUCGCUAUGGCCUAUGUGGUCGGGCGAAAUAAGCCGGAUAGGCGGAAGCACAAGCCGAAGCAAAAGGAGGGGGGGAAACCUCCCAAGGGUGUGGCCAUUAGCGUCAUUGAUGGGGUGUCGACCGACGAGUGGCUCGUCGAUUCGGAUAGCUCCCAACACCAAACCGGGGACAAGAUCUGUUUGAGAACCUCCGAAUGUUCGGGGGGAGUGGCCGAGAAUUCACGUUCAGGGACAAAGGGUCCCUAUGGGCAGAGGGGAGCGGCUAGGUAG